AUGCAGGACAUUCAAGCUCCCGCCGGCCCUGUUGGCCGCUUUCCUGGCCAUGCCUCAAAGCCCUCCAACAGCGACACUGGUUUCUCCCAUGGCGCUUUUACUUCCAACAUAUCUGGUUUCGCCGAUAGGCAUCCUCGCCGCGGCAACAUCCCCAACAUCAACACCCAGUCCAUGAACCCGCAGCCCGCUCCCGUUCAGCAGCUCGAUAUGACGACCCCAAACACGGGCUUAGACAUGAACUUUACGCCACUCUUGCCGUCGCAGCUGUUGCUCGGAAGCCCGUUCCAGCCUGGCACCCCAGCAGCUUUCGCCAACUCGCAGUUCCAGAGCCUCGGAGGUUACGCUCAGCAACAACAACAACAGCAGCAGCAGCAGGGCCUUGGUCAGCAGAUUCAGCAACAGCAAGGCCUCGGCCAGAGUGGCCUGACGAGCCCUGUACAGGGAAUGUCACCUCAAGCUUACCAGGGCAUUGUGUCACCUUCCGCUUACGGCGCCCCGCAGUUCUACUCGCCGCAAUCACCCUCUGGCGCCUUCAGCAGCAUGAGCAACUCGCUGCAAAUGCAGCCGACUUCGCCCAUCGGUAUGGCAUCAAACGUUGUUAGCGGCACAAGCCGUACCGUCUACCUCGGUAACAUUCCUCAGGACACAAGCGCCGAAGAGAUUCUGGGACACGUCCGCAGUGGACAGAUCGAGUCGGUCAGGCUUCUUGCCGACAAGAACUGUGCCUUCAUCUCGUUCCUGGAUGCCAGCUCUGCCACCCACUUCCACUCUGAUGCAAUCUUGAAAAAGCUCUGCAUCAAGGGCCAGGACAUCAAGGUCGGCUGGGGCAAGCCCUCUCAGGUUCCCACCUCGGUUGCACUCGCUGUCCAGCAGUCCGGUGCCUCGCGUAACGUGUACCUGGGCAGUCUGCCCGAGGAGAUUACGGAGGAAGAGCUGCGUGAGGAUCUGGGCAAGUUUGGACCCAUUGACACGAUCAAGAUUGUUCGCGAGAAGAGCAUUGCCUUCGUGCACUUCUUGUCCAUCGCAAAUGCGAUCAAGGCCGUCUCGCAACUUCCGCAGGAGGCCAAAUGGCAGGCUCCUAGGCGUGUGUACUACGGCAAGGAUAGGUGUGCUUACGUGUCCAAGACGCAGCAGCAGAACGCUGCUCAAUACCUUGGUAUCUCGCCGUCAUACGCCCACAUGCUCACCGGAGCUGACCGGGACCUGAUCUCGAGUGCAUUGGCUCAACAGUCUGUUGCUGCUGCUGCCGUGGCGACAUCGGCUGGUGGGCUCAACAACUUGGGCAACCGCACCAUCUAUCUCGGCAACAUCCACCCCGAGACCACCAUCGAGGAGAUUUGCAAUGUUGUGAGGGGUGGCCUGCUGCACCACAUCCGAUACAUUCCAGACAAGCACAUCUGCUUCGUGACUUUCAUCGACCCCACCGCUGCCGCUUCUUUCUACGCUCUGAGCAACCUGCAGGGUCUGAUGAUCCACAACCGCAGGCUGAAGAUCGGCUGGGGCAAGCACUCGGGUGCCCUCCCUCCAGCCAUCGCUUUGGCCGUCAGUGGCGGUGCCUCCCGCAACGUUUACAUUGGCAACCUCGACGAGACGUGGACCGAGGAGAGGCUCAGGCAGGACUUUUCCGAGUAUGGUGAGAUUGAGCUUGUGAACACGCUCCGGGAGAAGAGCUGCGCCUUCGUGAACUUCACCAACAUUGCCAACGCCAUCAAGGCCAUUGAGGCUGUUCGCAGCAAGGACGAAUACAAGAAGUUCAAGGUCAACUUUGGCAAGGAUCGUUGCGGCAACGCGCCGCGCCAGAUGCAGCAGGGUCAACAGGCGCAGUCACCUCGCUCGGAGGGUGUGCCUUCUCCCCCACCCAACGCUACUAGCCACAGCGGCAACUCCCCGACGACUUCCAACCCUCCCGCCUCGGCCCCGCCAGCUCUCUUCAACGCGAACAACAACCCCUUGACCAUGUACCUGAGCCACGUGUCGCAACAGGUCAACCAGCAGCACAGCCAGCAGCAGCAGGCUCUUAUGAAUCAGCAGGCUGCCCUCUUUGGCACUGCCGCCUCAUCGCCCAAUGACCUCGGCCUCGAGGUGCCUCAGGUUCCCCAAUCUGCUGGCCACCAGCCUUCGUCGAGCAUCUCCAAUGGCUUUAUUGGUAACGGCCCUGCCUCGGCAUCGGGUGCUCCCACGAUUGGUGGACUGCUUGCUCCUGGCCGUAGCCAGCACAAUCGGGCUGUCAGCCUGCCUGCUCUGGCACCCGGUUAUGAGAACGGUGGAACCAGCCCUAACAGCAUCCAGGGUACCAAUGGCGCAGCUCUCGAGGGUGAGCGUAGGGGCCAUCAGUACCAGGCCAGCUACAACGGUGGCUUUGGCCUAGCUAUCCAGGGCGGCCUCAACGGCUGGGUUGAGGAGGAGGUUGCCAACUAA